AUGCAUUUCAUGAUGGCAUCUCUAUAUUCCACCAGGCGUGCAAUCAUCUUGGUCACGCAACCAUACGCUACGAGAAACGGCCAUUUAUACACUUCAGCUGUCGUAUCCGUCGGUCUGAGCCGUGAUCUUCCAAGGUUAUCGAAGAGCGUCGACUUGUUCAAGAGCAAAAAUCCCGAGGAUCCGAAUGAGGUGCCAAAUGGUUUCCUUUCCGACGUGAAUAAAGAUUCGCUCACAGUCCUUCACAACGUGCUCAUUGAUCGAUCAAUUGCCAACUCAAAGCUCUACGACCGUUUCCAAUUCGAGCGUGUCGGCUAUUUCUGCGUUGAUCCGGACACCGUACCAGGAAAGCUUGUCUUCAACCGCACCGUUUUGCUGAAAGAAGACGCCGGAAAGAACUAG